CUUUGGUACAGUACUGGACACGCUUCAUCAACACCAACGACAAAUCGCCUGCAACCGCACAUUCCUUGUCCUUCGUUCAUCCUCUUUACUUUCCCACCACGAUCCUUACGAGCGCACAAUAAACCGCAGCCAUGUUCGAUGUCGACUGGAUGAGCCUUGUGCUCCCUUUCGCCUACCUCACGGUUCUCGGCGGCGUCUUCAUGACCUUUUCCACAAUUUACAGAAAGCGCAAAGCCACUCAGAGCGCCAACCUUGCUCCUUGGUUUGGCCCCCAUCUGCAGCGCAACAUCUACCUGUCGCUGCUGCACCUCGAAUCUCCGGAAGAGGGCGCCGAGAAGGCCCCCAAGAUCCCCUCCACCGUCAUCAAAGCCGCCCUCCUCCGCCGCGCUGUUGAGGAUAUCCACCGUCUGGUCCAGAUCCGUUCCGCCAAGCAGGCCUGCAGCACGUUGCUGCAGCGGGGAAGCGUCGGUGAUGAUCUGUGGCAGCGCUUCCAGCGCGCAGAGAAGGAGAUGGAGGAUGAACUGCGCGACGUCGUGAUGGAGGCCAACGCCCUUGCGCCCAACUGGGGUCAGUCCAUCUUCCAGUCCGCCAACGAGAUUGCCGCCAACACCAUUGUGCGCAACCGCCUCGAGGAAGUCCAGAACACCGUCGAGCAGGAGAAGGCGUGGUGGGAGAAGCGCAGAUCGACUAUCCAGACCGAGUUAUGAAGGAGCUCGACGAGUCCGAGAAGAGCUCGACCGCCCCUCCUAGUGUUGAUGGCGACGCCGUUCUCGUUGACUCUACCGCCUCUACCACCAGCACACCUUCCAAGAAGAAGAAGGGCAAGAAAUAAGCAAUACGGCCAUCAUCUCUACUAUACCACAAAUCCACCUCCAUUCACGCAUCAUAUGUCCCGUCCACAUAUCAAUACGCGCUCAGGCGCUCCGCACCGUCCACAUUGUCAUUAGAUACCUCAUCCCCCCGGUGUAUGGGAAAAGAGCAUUCAACGGCU